CUACAUCGAAACUGCAAGCAAAAGAGGGUGCUAGCUGAAAAGGAGCAGGAGCUGUGGAGAAUAGUUCCAGUGAGAGCAGAUCAGAUCUCCCCCAGACUCUUUUGGCCCAAAUCAAGGUGCUAUGAUUACUUAUAUCAGGAAGCUGAAGCACUUCUGAAAAACUUCCCAGUUCAAGCUACAAUUUCCUUUUAUGAAGACUCAGAUAGCGAAGAUGAUGAAGAUGAACUGGAACAAGAGUCAAGAACACAAUCAGAUUGCUGA